CCACUCACACAAACAAAACAAUAUGUGCGUGGGUUGGGGCGUGCGCGCGCCCGCAUUAUGAAUAUACCCUGUCGAUGGGAUCCCUACAGGAGUUGUUAGAACACCCGGUUACUCAUCGCCGAGUGGAAGUGACAUAUGCCUGACGAUUGGCACGUGUUAGUGUAGGUGUGAAUAACUGACGCAGGGGGCACACAGACCUGCGCCAACCGUCGUGCAGCAGGGACUGCAGCGUCACGUGCAGCCUUGCUACCCAUCGCCGACCCUUCCAGCACUUGGCCGCUACAAAGCGCCGCUUGUCUCCUAAUCUGUGCUGCUGAAGUUUCUCGCCGAUUGCGGGUCAUUCCAAGGUACAGGUCUGGGAGGUAUUUUUAGGAGACAGCUACAGAACUUGAGGUGUCUGGUUUGUGACGAUACGGAGAUGUGAAGGUAUUAGCGAGUCCUUGCCAUGCGAUGUGAUCUGAACUGUUUUUCACAUGCUUUCAUACCCCUUUACUGCCUUAGCACUUUGUGCGGGUCAUAUGUACCGUUGCUUGGAACUGUGAGGUUUACUGACAAGCGGGUGGGCUGUUCCGGUUGCAGUUUUAAUGUUGCUUUGAUGUGGGAGUAUAAUCAGAAGAGGAGCACAGAGACGUCUGUAUCUACUUAAGCAACCUGCUAACAUCUGACGUCCACUUUUUUUUUUUUGAAGAAAAGCCUGUUGUGGCUCACCCUUUAGUAGUGGUAUAAAGGUUUCGACUUUCAGUUUAUGUGUCAGUGUUUUAUCCGCCCUUUCCUAGUGUGUCUCGUGGAUACCCCGCCUCCACUAUUCAGUGAGAGCGUUCUUCAGACAGACUGCAGUUUUGCAAAUUUUCCAUUACUACUUGUGUCUGGAGGUAAAGAAGAAAGGGGUUGUGGUGGGGAGAGGAAGUGUCUGAUUUGUACAGGAAGCGUCUAUCUUGAAAACUACUUUGCAGAGGUCGUGUGGAAACCCUGCAAGAAAGGAAUAAGGUUGAAGCCAGAAGCAAAGAGUUGGGGGAGGCUGUUUACAAAACAGGAUAAACAUAAAUUAAAGUAAUAGGUACAAAAGGAGACAGGCAUGCAGGAAGAAGGGGAAAUGAUGCAAGCAACAUUCAGAAGAAAAAAAAACACCAGAGAUGGGGAGAGGGGAAUUUUAAGGGAAUUCUGUAGGGCUGGCUUCCUCUUUCCACUCUUAAUAGUAUGUCUGUCACUUCUGGAGUUUUUGGUAAACUUAAAUUUUUUGACAACCUUGCACCUCUUGGCUUCCUCAGACUGAAACUAGCAGGGUCAGGCUACAUGAUCCUUGUACAAACAUCUCAUUUGGGGGCAUAAGAAACCACUGGUGGGUUUCAGUAUCAGGAGGAAGUGUUUUGCAGCUGGGACAGUGGAUGUAGGGAGAUGUGUUUAUGAUCACAAUCAUAUCGCUGACCCUCUUGCAACAACCACCACCACCACCUGCUUCAGGAGUCAUCACUAGCAGGCACAGGUGUCGAUGAUGUUCGAGUGUUUGAUGAGCGAAGAUGAGGAUGAGUGGGAGGGAGGUGCCAUGCGGGACUCUUAUCAAGGUGUGGGUCAACGCUUUGGUCUGGAGCCAGACCUUUCAGAUGCCGAGUUUCAGCUUCGUCUAGAGGAGUUAAAGGAGGCACUGAAGAAGGAGAUCCGCAAGGAAAUGAAGAUAAAGGAAGGAGCAGAAAAACUGCGUGAGGUUUCCACAGACAAGAAGUCACUCUCCAAUGUCAACAGUAUCGUGAAGAAGGCCAACACCAAGUUGCAGCAGCUGCACCAAGACCUGCAGGAAGUCAACACCUUUCUCUUGCUCACCAACAGUACGCAGGAUAUUUCCACAGAGAGGAUGAAGUCACCAGAGAAGGCAGGGGAUGCCGUGGAUAGUAAUGGAGGAAAUCAGCGUUUGGCUUCACUGCAGAAGCAGCUAGAUAUUGAGAACAAGGUGAAGCAAGGUGCAGAAAACAUGAUUGCCAUGUACAGUUCUGGGUCUUCCCGUGACAAAAAACUACUGGCAGAGGCACAGCAGAUGCUUGCAGAUGCUCGGACAAAGAUAGAGAUCAUUCGCAUGCAAAUGUUGAAGGCUAGUCAGGACAUUUCGUCAAGCACCACUGAAGCUGAUGGUUCACGUUGUGAGAUACUUUCUCCCUUGGAAUUGAGAAUAGAAGAGCUGAGACAUCAUCUGAAGAUUGAAUCAGCUGUGGCUGAAGGUUCAAAAAAUGUCAUUCGCACAUUACAGAAUUCAAAAAUAGAAGACAAGAAAGCAUUGAAAGAGGCUCAGUCAACACUGUGCGAAUCGUCCCAGAAAAUGGAGUUAAUACGAAUGUCACUGGAGAAACGACUUCUGGAACUGGAGCCUGAUACAAGCAAGUCGUCUAAAGUUCAGACUUUGAGGCGAGAGCUGGACGACUUGCUGAACACCACCUACAGUAGCUCUGCUUCACACCGCCUCAGUAACCAGCCACCAACCCCCCGUGCAGCCAACACUUUCAGCAAAGCAGCUGCAGUGACAGGCAAGCUGGAAGUGAGAUUAGUAGGGGUUCAAGGUCUUCUGGAAGAUAUUCCCAUACGGCGGAAAGACAGCAUGUCAUUGUGGAUGGCCUCCCCUGGGGAAAGUCGAAGUCUUCUUCGACGUGGUGGCACCAAAGUGUACAACGUUAAGGAUGAGUUGUCCAAUGAGGUAAUGGCCAUUCUACGACUUGAUAACCAGCAGGUGGCACAAACCUCCUGGAAACCUAACAGUCAGCAGUGCUGGGAUCACAGGUGUUCCAUCGACUUAGACCGGUCACGAGAACUGGAGUUGUCAGUCUACUGGCGAGACUGGCGGCAGAUGUGUGCAACAAAGUUCCUGAGGCUAGAAGACUUUCUAGACAACCAGCGGCAUGGUUUAACGAUACACUUAGAGCCACAAGGCAUAUUAUUUGCAGAGAUUACAUUUUUAAACCCCACCUUGUCGCGUAAACCAAAGCUUCAAAGACAACGGAAAAUCUUUCCAAAGCACAAAGGAAAGAAUUUUCUGCGACCCAAUCAGAUGAACAUCAAUGUUGCUACAUGGGGACGUUUGAUCAAACGAGCCUUACCACAGAAUGGAGCUGACACUAAUAAUAGUUCUCCACAAAUUACCUCUCCUGGAAUAAUGUCAGCUGAUCGGGGCCCUCCAGUUUCUCAGAUAAGUUUUGAAGCUCCACCACUUCCAGAAAAGAUUCAUCGUCAUGCUGCUGAUGAUGUGACGUCUACGGCUAGGGAGAGGCAAGCUACCUCCCAAGAGCGAGAAAUCCAGCAAGCACUUUCCAAAUUUGACUUCCUGCCAGAAGAGCUCAUCACGCCGAACACCUCCUCCAUCAACCUGGACCUGGAUGUCAUCACUGCUCCCCCUUCCAUAUCCACAGCAGAUGCCACCUCCACCACUUCCUCCAGCCAUGCUGAUGUCCCUUCCCAACAGAUAACCACGGCAGAUGUAAAGUCUGUGGUACCCACCAUUCCACGCCAGAAAUCACCACCUCAACAGAAAUCAUCUCCAUCCUUGCCUGUUACACCUCUUCCAUCAGAAAAAACAAGGCCAGCACCCUUACCUCCCUCAACAUCAGAGUCCUUGUUUGCAGGACAACCCUGUUGUAUGGAUGACUUCCGACCUAUAAGUGUUUUGGGUCGAGGCCACUUUGGAAAGGUCCUGCUGACUCAGUAUCGCAGAACUAAUGAGUAUUUUGCCAUCAAAGCUUUGAAGAAAGGUGACAUCAUAGCCCGAGAUGAAGUAGAAAGCUUGAUGUCUGAGAAGCGCAUUUUUGAAGUUAUUAACACCAUGCGUCACCCUUUCCUUGUCAACCUCUUUGCCUGCUUCCAGACGGCAGAGCAUGUAUGUUUUGUCAUGGAAUAUGCCUGCGGUGGUGACCUCAUGAUGCAUAUACACAGUGACGUCUUCACGGAGUCGCGGACUGUCUUCUAUGCAGGUUGUGUGGUACUUGGUCUGCAGUACUUACACGAAAACAAGAUUGUUUACAGGGACCUCAAGCUGGACAACCUGUUGCUGGAUGCUGAAGGCUACCUCAAGAUUGCUGACUUUGGUUUGUGCAAAGAGGGCAUGGGGUUUGGAGAUAGGACCAGCACUUUCUGCGGAACACCUGAAUUUUUGGCACCAGAAGUGCUGACAGAAACAUCCUACACCCGUGCUGUAGACUGGUGGGGUCUUGGGGUACUGAUCUAUGAGAUGCUGGUUGGCGAGUCGCCAUUUCCUGGUGAUGAUGAAGAAGAGGUAUUUGACAGCAUAGUCAAUGAGGAGGUGCGCUACCCACGAUUCCUUUCUACAGAGGCCAUUGCCAUCAUGCGUCGGCUAAUGCGCCGUAAUCCCCAGAAACGAUUAGGAGCCAGUGAACAGGACGCUGAGGAUGUAAAACGACAGUCUUUUUUUCGGAGCUUAGUGUGGAAUGACUUGCUGACUAAGAAAGUGAAGCCACCAUUUGUUCCUACUGUGAAAAACAUGGAGGAUGUCAGUAACUUUGAUGAAGAAUUCACUUCAGAGCGACCUGUUCUUACUCCGCCCAAAGAGCGCAGACCUCUGAACCCGGAUGACCAGCAGUUGUUCCACGACUUCUCCUACAUUGCUGAGUGGUGUUGAGCUCGCUGUGCAGAUAGCCUAGAGACGCUUCUUGGCACAUGGCUGUGCAUUUCAGAGAUGGGAAGUUUCCAAGCCCAGGGGUAGAACCGUCACAGUACAUGCAUCCUGUGUUCACGGGCCAGUCUAAUGUAACACAAGACAUUCACUUCCUUGGUAGGGUCUGAUUCUGUGCAUUAGGUUUAUUUCAGGCGCCAUACAACUCAUUUCAGGCAGUUAGGGUAUCAAACAGUGGCUGUUUAGUGAGGAGAGAAUGGCUGCCAAGUCGACACAAUGCCUUUUGCCAUUCCUUUAUUAGUCAUUCAUGGACCCAAGGUAACAGUUCAGAAGUGCAUAAACACUUUACCAGGGUUGAUGUGGUCAGUAAUGCAUCAGAUAACACCGAUAGCAAUAUACGUGUUCCAGUAUAUCAAGUCUUUAACUUCUUUGGGUUCCUUGUAACAGAGGAUACACAAAUGUUACACGUCAACACAAGAUCAUCACACAGAAACAAUCCUUAUCUGGCAGACUGGUGUUAUGCAUUUCAAAAGACCAUCUCUACCUGUGAACAAAUCUUAUCAUUGGUGGGGAUACUUGAAGUCAGUGUGUCCGAACUAUGUCACAUUGCUUUUCUACAACAGUGUGUUCAUGUACAUGUGGAGGUGUUUGUUAACAAGUGGGCUUGUGGCAUGGAAGGAACUGAGCUGUGUGCAACAACCUGCUUGUGCCUUUUCACAGCCCCUAGUGAUUUUACAUGUAGGGCAAGUUUCAAGAACACUGCAAUAUAAUAAUUGUUGUGAAAUAGGCUACAAGGAUUGUUUGAUUUUGUCAUGUGUGGCAUGUGAGUUAAUCAUAGAAUGCUGGGCAUAAUUUUGCAAGUCAUCUAACAGGCCUCUACAAAAACUCUCUGUGUAAAUUUAUGAACAUGUAAACAUUAAUUUCCUGAAUUUUGUGGGAUACACUGCCAUGCACCUUUUUUUUUUUAUUUUAUUUUUAUUUUAUUUUUUUUUUUUUUUCAUCUUUGAUUCUCAGUACUUUAAUUUUUAUGUUACUGUUUCCAUGAUGAUUUUCACAACUGGUAAAGGGGGGUAAGUGUCCAGUUUUACAUUUCUUUUUAGAAGAAUUUAUCUUUUAAGUUUUGGUUUCAUAUUGACCCUCAUCUGAGUCAGCUUCUUUUGCACCAGUUUUGUAUAUAUAUAUAUGUUUCUCGUUAAGGUAAGUUUUAGUCCUAUGAAAGUGCAAUUCACAGUAGGUAAAAAAGCAACAACAAUCAAAGUAAGACAUUUUAAUGAUUUCAAAGCACUUCAUUGUCAUGUCCUUGUGUUUUGAUGUGGAAGAACAAAGGAGGCAAACAAUGAAUGCCUUGAAAGAAAUCAGUUGUUAGCAAUAAAAUUAACAAUAAAGCUGUAGAUAAGUAAGAUAACGGCGCUUGUCUCUGUUCUGUGGGGCUAAUAAUCUUUGAUUGGUACUGUUUUUUAGUGGGGUAAAAAUUGGAUAAUUCAGCACUUUUGGUAUAGAGAUCUGUGUUAUUUCUGUUUUGACUUUUUUUUUUUUUAAGUAAAAAACCUCAGAGUAAAGCUUUUUGCUUCAUAAAUCAAAACUUAAAAUUGUGAAGGUUACAUUUAGUAUUCUGGAGAACAAGCAAAAAUUAAAUUAACAAAUGGGAAAAGAAAUGUGAAAUGAUCAUAGUGCUGUGGUUUUCAAGACAAUGUGUUGUCAUGCUUUUGCAAAUAGCUUUCAAUGAAAUGCCAUGGGUUUUUUUUUUUUUUUUCUUUUUUCGUGACUCAUUUUGUCAUUCCUUUCCUGCUAUGUUUGAACAAAUCUUGCUGGAAAACUAGUAGGAGGUACUAGGAGAGGUUCGGUUUUGUUGUACAGCUAUAUAAAUAAAAGGAAUAAAGGUUCAGUAUGUGUUUACCACCCUUAUAGGUACACUCCCUGUAAGAUCUGCCCAUUUAGAAUAGUUGUGAAUUAUUUUUGUAAUCACAUUAAUAAUUGAAGUGUUGGUGUCUCCAUUAUCUGCUCAGAGAAAUUGCCUGCUCACAUUUUUACAGCGGUUGAUGACAUAACGGUAUAUGCUACUUGGCUUUGGUUGGAAUGCAUGUGUUGGUGUGUGUUUGUGAGAGAGAAUUUAAUGGAAGGAGAGACUUACAUAUUAGACCUGCUGAAUGCAUGGGACAGGUAGUCAUUAUUUUUCGGUAUUUUGAACUCAUUUCAUUCUGUAAAGGAAUCAUUUCAUUAUAUAGCAGCAUACCCUAAUUUUUGGUUUUGUGGAACACAGGUAUAGAAGCUAUUAAUGGUCAUUGUAUUUCGUUAUAAAACAGUUGCCUGAUUUUUAAAAAAAUCUGAAUGCUACAUUUUUGAAGUGUGUGGGAAGUUGCCAAACUGUAAGCACGAAUCUGCAUGAUGUGUGUCAUAUUUGCCUCUGGUGGAAGGGGUCAUGUGAAGGUGUUCAAAGGUUAGUUUCAGUGAUAUUUUUCCUUCUGUGUUCUUUUAGGCAUUAUCAGUCAGAUGUCAGGUUGAGUGGAAUGCUUGUCAUUGUUUUCAAGAGUUUUUGUAGAAGUUACUUGUGGGAGAAUUUCCAAGGAAGGUUGUGUGAGUGUAAGAGAAAAAUGAGUGCAGUUUAUUGUUUGCAGAAGUUGAGUUCUAUACAUCCAUUAAUAUUGUGCAUUCACAUUUCAUUUAUUUCUGAUUGGAUCAUAGAUAAAUAAAAAUAAUGUAAUGCAUGAUAAUACAGCAUUCUUGCUUGAUAGAAGAUGUAGCUUGUGCACAGUUGAUUGAUAAAUAUUUUUAAAAAAUAGAUUUGAGGGAGAUGUUAUCUGUACUUUGUCUAAAAGUAAUGUAUGCUUGCACUGAAUGGGAAAAAGGAAAGUUAUUAAUGAGGAAGUACUGUUAUUAAUUCUGAUUGUUCAGUUUUUGUGUAAAUAUUGUGUCCUACCCUAUUAAAAAGUACACUUUGCACAAGGAUGAAGUGUGGGAUGCUUUUAGUAAAAUUGACAGGUUUGGAAAAAAAAAGUGGGGGACAUGCCCCUCCAAACAUUUUUCAAAAACUAAAAAUUUGUUUUUCAAUAAAAUAAAAGAUGGUGUAACAGUUAAUAAACAACCAAUUUUGCUGUGUGGAAUUGGUCAGUAUUAUUUGUAGAUUAUUAUGUAGAUGAAAUACUUUAAGGGCUGUUUCUUUUGAUGCUUUAACAAGGUAAAGACAGUUUUGGUAGCUUUAAAUAGUAUAUACCCAUAUAUCGUUACUGGCUAAGUAAUAUCAGUCCCUUGCAUCUAAAGACAAAUAUUCAAAGAAGACAGUUCUUUUUUAUUAUGUGCACCACACAUUAAUAACAUGAUUUAUUGCUAGACUUGUCCAGCAGUCAUACAGUGUACAAAUAUUGUGAGUGGUAAAAUACUUAAAAAUGGCCAUUACCAAAAGAUAAAACAAUAUCUGUGAUAAUCAAGCCCAUACAUUAUCUAGUCUGUCAGGACGGGCUGUCCGUGGGGAGUUAAUAAUGACACGGAGAGGAGAAGAUUUCAACAUGCAUGUGCCAUUGAGAAAAAGAGAUGACAAGAUUUACACAACUAGAUGUUGAUGUGUACCCUACAACUUACAAGUAUUUGCAUACCUUUUGGUCCUGUCCAGAAAUUUUUCAUGCCAAAACAACAUUGAAAGUUACCAGCAGAGAAAAUGGACAGAUCAAAGUAUAAUAAGUUUUUGUAAAUAAUUUUUACUGAUUACAUACCACACUUCAAACAUCUUUACAUAAAGUGAAAGUUUUUGAGAUUCGAACCUAAGCAUAUAACAUCAAAGUAAGAGUGGAUUUGUUGAUUUUGAACUUUGUCUAAAGACACACUGAAAGACUAUUUUAGUUUUCUGGUGGGUAAGGUUAAGCUUCAUUAGUUCUGUAGACAAUAGUAUAUGAACCACAGAUGCUCUGGAGACAGAAAUUAUUUCUUGAACUGAAAUCUGGCGAUCAUUUAAAAUUUCCCCCCCCCCACCAACAUAACAGUUGCACAUGAGAAACAUGCACCCUGCUGCUUGCAUGGCGAGUUGUAACAGUUGUUUUUAAAGAUGAAUAUGUAGAUCGUGUGCGUGUAUAGUUGCAUGUAUAUCAUAUCUAUAUAUACUUGGUGAUAACCAAGCAUUUUUCUGGCACGUAACUCAAACCUUAAGUGUCAUCUCAAUAAAGUGAUUUGCUGAAA